AUGGCGAUAGAAGACGCGUCGCAGAGUUGGAUGGGGGCUUCCAUGAAGCAUGUUUCUCUUAUUUCUCUUACUUUCCAAAAUUCGGCCCUCAUACUUAUAAUGCAUUAUAGUAGGAUAAUGCCAUUAGGGGGUGGGCAUAGAUAUUUCACAUCAACCGCAGUUUUCCUCAAUGAGAUCAUGAAGUUGGCUGUCUCCUUGACGAUUGCCAUGUACGAUAUUUCACGAACGUUACCCCCCUCUACACCCGCCACGGUUCUUUUCGAACAAUUGUAUAUGUCUGUGUUUUCUGGAGACGGUUGGAAAUUGGCUAUCCCAGCUACUCUGUACACUCUGCAGAAUUCCUUGCAAUAUAUUGCCGUGAGCAAUUUGGAAGCUGUACAGUUUCAGGUUUUAUAUCAAUUGAAGAUUCUCACAACGGCGGUUUUCAGUGUGGUUUUGCUGAGAAGGGCACUUUCCUCCAAACGAUGGAUAGCUCUAGUUUUGCUCACAAUUGGGGUGACGAUUGUUCAAUUACCCGGCGGGACCCCGUCUGCAUAUUCGACAAUGAAUGAUUCACAAUCCCGGUUUUACUUUCCACGCUCUUUCCAUGAGUUGGGACAAAUGGGCAAUGGCGCAGUGGAAGUAGCAGCCGAAUUGACGAAACGUGGUAUGGAGGGGGUUUCCGAGGGUCUUGCGAAACGAUCUGCUACAUAUGAGGGAAUACAAGAAGAUCAAGGGCUCGUCAAACCAGUUAUGAAUUAUUCAAUUGGUCUCAUGGCUGUGUUGGGCGCGGCGGUCAUCUCGGGUCUCACAGGAGUAUAUUUUGAGAAGGUGCUAAAGGAAUCUACGACUCAUGUUACGAUUUGGACGAGGAAUGUUCAGCUUUCUUUCUAUUCUCUCUUCCCAGCUUUAAUCUUUGGAGUGAUGUUCAAAGAUGGAGAGGAAAUUGCGAAGAAUGGAUUCUUUGAUGGCUACAAUGCGAUAGUUUGGACAGCUAUUGUUAUGCAAGCAUUGGGAGGGAUUCUCGUUGCACUUUGCAUAAAUUAUAGUGAUAACAUCGCGAAGAAUUUCGCAACCAGUAUUAGCAUUGUUAUUAGUUUCAUUUUCAGCGUUUGGUUUUUUGACUUUAAGGUUACACUCAAUUUUCUUAUCGGUACGUCGAUAGUCCUGUUUGCAACAUGGCUCUACAGCGGUCCGGAGAGGAAACGUAAUAGACCUCCACCAAUCAAUAUCGCUAGUUAUGAGAAGACGACGAUUGAUAAUGGAUUUACGCCAAAGUAUGAAGAGGAUAGGUCGAGUCUGACGUUGGAUCCAUUGAAUGGGUUGAAAGGCCCAGGAGCGGGAGCAUCGUUAUCAACCAGUAGGCCUAGUUCACCUAUGAGACAUCAUUCGAGGGUGGGAAGCUCGAGAGGAAAGGUUAAGAGGGAUGAUUGA